UGCGCCUUUAAGAGAGGUGGCGCGCAGAGUGCAUGCUCUUCCUUUGCUCAGCUGCUUGAUGUGAAAUCUAGCGGAUCUCGUCCUUGAAGGACGUACUAGGAAGAGAGAGGCUUUAUAUACGGAAGCAGAGAGUCGGAAAGACCUGCAAGCCUCUAGAUCGGCGGUGUCGGUGCCGCGUGUUCGGGUUCCCGAGACGUCUCUUCAUCUGAAGCGUCCUCUGGUAUUGUGGGGACGGGUCGAGCCCUCGCCUUGCAGCACUGAUGGAGACCAAGUCUAAGACUGCGGCCCCUGAGUCCGUGCGGCUGAAGAAGGACAUCUCCUUGCUCCACGGAGUGUGCCUGAUCGUUGGCAACAUGAUCGGAUCCGGGAUCUUUGUCUCCCCCAAGGGCGUGCUGAGGUUCACCGGCUCCUACGGCCUGUCCCUGAUCAUCUGGGCAGUGGGAGGAAUAUUCUCCGUCAUCGGGGCGCUGUGCUACGCCGAGCUGGGGACCACCAUCAAGAAGUCCGGGGCCAGCUACUCCUACAUCUUGGAGUCGUUCGGGGGCUUCCUGGCCUUCCUGCGCCUCUGGACGUCCAUGCUCAUCGUGGAGCCGGCCUGCCAAGCCGUCAUCGCCAUCACCUUUGCCAACUACCUCAUCCAGCCCUUCUUCCCUUCCUGCGAGCCGCCCUACAAUGCCGUGCGGCUGCUGGCUGCCUUCUGUAUAGGGCUGCUGACGAUGGUGAACUGCGGCAAGGUGGCGUGGGGAGCUUCUCUGCAAGUGGUGUCCACAUUUGCCAAGGUCAGCGCCUUGAUCAUCAUCAUUGUGGCAGGACUGGUGAAGCUCUGUCAAGGACAGGCAGAUAAGUUCCAAAAUUCCUUUCAGGGCUCCAAGCUGAACGCUGGCGAUAUGGCCCUCGCUCUUUAUUCAGCGUUGUACUCUUACUCAGGAUGGGACACUCUCAACUUUGUGACCGAAGAGCUUCACAACCCUGAAAGGAACCUGCCCUUGGCGAUUGCUAUUUCCAUGCCCCUGGUAACGAUCAUCUACCUCCUGACAAACGUGGCCUACUACGCAGUCCUGGACAUCCCAACCAUCCUCCACAGUGAUGCCGUGGCCGUGACUUUUGCAGAUAGUGUCCUGGGUUACGUGAAGUGGCUCAUACCACUGUCGGUAGCGAUAUCCUGCUACGGUGGCCUUAACUCAUCUAUCAUUGCAUCCUCCAGGCUUUACUUUGUUGCCUCGAGAGAAGGACAUUUGCCCAGUUUCCUCUGCAUGGUCCAUGUAUUUAGAUGCACUCCGAUCCCGGCCUUGUGUUUUAAUGGAGCGAUAGCGUUAAUCUAUCUCUGCAUUGAAGAUAUUUACACUCUCAUCAACUACUUCAGCUUUAACUACUGGCUAUUCAUCGGCCUGUCUGUCGCCAGUCAGAUUUAUCUGAGAUGGAAGUUUCCUGAUCUACCAAGACCUGUGAAGCUGAGUUUGAUCUUUCCUAUCAUCUACUGCAUGUGCAGUUUGUUCCUGGUGGUGACUCCUCUCUACAGCGACCCCAUCAACUCUCUCGUUGGGAUUGCAGUGGCACUCUCCGGAGCUCCCGUCUACUUCCUCUGCAUCUACAUCCCGCGUGAAAAGCAGCCCAAGUGCCUUCAGAAGCUUUUAAGUAUCGUCUCCUUGUACACGCAGAAGUUAGCACUGUGCUGUCUGACAGAUAAGGAAGUCGAAGACAAAGAAGUGUAACCAGAAUCAACCAAAGAACUUUCCCAGGACUGUGGAGUCCGUACGCACAGAUUCUUCUCUCUCACGCUGUUGAAACUUUGAAUCCUGCCCUCUCGACAAUCAAAAUGCUGGAGACCAUUUUAUUUCCAAAAAUCGCACCGAUUUGUACUUUAUUAUCACAGGUGGCACGAUCGAGGUGCUUUGCAUUGCCGUACACAAGGUAUGCAAAGGGUCGCCACUUAAAGGGCGUCGACACAGUUACAAAGGGUUCAUUAGAGUCCCCGAUAGUCCUUCUUUGUUCUCAGCCACCCCCCCUCCCCCCCAUUGCCAAGUCACACUUUGUUCUCUCUUGUAGUAAAACUGUUUUAAUUAAAAAUUGCAUCUUUUUUCAA